UGUUGGUUGAUCAAUCACCCACCCCACCCACACUGUUUUUCGUGGAUCUGAACAGAAUUGAUUGAUAGUAUUUUCGUAAAUUCGUUUUCUGAAGCCGUUGAACAAAGCAAUUCGCGUUCGUCCAUCGUUGGUGAUCAACGCAGAACAAUAUUGUAUACUAUUUUAAAAGGGAUUAUAUACCUACCACUAGCUAUUUCUGCUGGCGCAGUGGACAUCAUGGCAUCUCCGUUAGAGCAAUUUGUAAACAAUGUUAGGACUAUGUCGGCAUCAGGGAGCUUCCGAGAGUUGUGCGAGAUUAUCGGCAAGUCUGAUGAAGUACUGCAGAGGAACAGUGCACAUCUAAGCACUGUUCUGGAAACUCUUGACAUUCAACAGCAUUCUCUUGGUGUUCUGGCUGUACUUGUUGCCAAGUUUUCCUUACCACAAGGUUCCAAUGAUGUGGACAGAUCAACUAUGUUCCAGCAGAUCCAUGACUUCAUAAACAACUGUAAUGGGGAACAAGUUCGCUUUGCACCGGACUUGUAUGCUGACUUAUGUCACCAGCUAACCGACCACCUUGUAGAAAUCAAGCAGCCUAUCAGAGGCAUAGAAAUCCUGAAGAAGGCUAUUAGGAAGAUACAGUUGUUUGACUCCCAGUUGACGUCAAUUCAUGCAGACCUCUGCCAGCUAUGUCUUCUGUCCAAGUGCAUGAAACCAGCUCUUGAGUUCUUGGAUACCGAUGUCACUGGGAUUGGAUCUGAGCUUGGUGGCAACAAUGACUCCAAACACUUUCUUCUAUACUACUAUUAUGGAGGGAUGAUUUACACAGCUAUGAAGAAUUACGACAGAGCUCUUUACUUCUUUGAAGUUGUAGUCACUGUGCCUGCUAUGGUAGUCUCUCACAUCAUGCUUGAAGCCUAUAAGAAAUAUAUUUUAGUGUCCUUUAUUUUACAUGGAAAGAUUCUUCCUAUGCCGAAAUACACAUCGCAAGUAGUGUGUCGUUUUCUCAAACCUUUAUCUGUAGCAUACCAUGAGCUAGCUACCUCUCAACACACAGCCAUCAAACACAGGGAAACUUUUGUAAGGGAUAAAAAUAUGGGAUUAGUUAACCAGGUACUGAGCUCGAUGUACAAGAAGAAUAUUCAGAGAUUAACCAAGACAUUUUUAACUCUGUCGCUGAGUGACGUCGCUUCUAGAGUACAGCUCACAGGACCAGCUCAAGCAGAAUCUUACAUACUCAAUAUGAUUGAAGAAGGAGAGAUUUAUGCAAUGAUAAACCAGAAAGAUGGCAUGGUGGUCUUCCUGGAUAGUCCUGAAAAAUACGCGUCCCCUGAAACCUUGUCAAUUCUUGAACAACAAAUGGCAGCCUGCACUAAACUCCAUCAGUACAUACAGGAAAUGGACGAGCAAAUACAAGUCAACCCACAGUAUGUGAAGAAAUCAGCAGGCAGCCAUGAUGAAGAUCUGCCAGCUACUAGCCAAAAUUCAAAAACAACAUACUCAAUGUGAAAUUUAAUUUAUUAUAAGUGAUUUCUUAAUUUACCCAGUAUAAUGUAACAUGCAAUUAAA